AUGCCCGCCAUCCGACACUCGUCUAAACGAAAACCGCCGCCUGAUGGCUUUGAGGACAUCGAGAAUGACUUGCUCAUAUUUUCCAACAAGAUGAAGGAUGCCCAGAACAAGCCGCCGCCAUCAGGUCCUAGGCACCAAGCGCAAUGGGAAAUCUUCCAGAUCUCGCACCAACGCAGCCGCUACGUAUAUGAGCUUUACUACGAGAAGGAGGCGAUCAGCAAGAAGCUGUACGAUUGGUUGCUGAAAAACGGCUACGCGGACGCGAUGUUGAUUGCGAAGUGGAAGAAACAAGGAUAUGAAAAGCUAUGCUGUCUGCGCUGCAUCCAGACAAAGGAGACAAAUUUCAACAGCACAUGCAUCUGUCGUGUUCCGCGGGCGGAGAUUAAGGGUGACGAAGACAUUGAGUGCGUCAGCUGUGGUUGCAGAGGCUGCGCAUCAAGCGACUAG